AAUAAACUGCCGCAGUGAACACUCAAAUAGGAAGAGACAGCAGAAAGCAACAGAAAACGUCCACAUGUUGAAGUGCCCUUGGGCAAGAUACUGAACCCUUAGUUGCACCUGUUGGCCAGGCAGCGACCAACAGCAGCACCAUCAGUGGGGGAAAAAAGCAGCACUCUUGGCACAGCUUGAUACCACAACAGUGGUUGUAGGUGUCUUGAUGGAUGAAACCUCCAAGAAGCACAGAUAAAGGGGUGGAGUUUAGAGAUUGUGGCAUUAACAGACCAAACAUGGUGCACGUCUACAACUGCCACCCUUUUGCCUCACAGCAGAUAGUACAGGUGGAGCAGGAGCCUGGACUGGUCUCCUGUGGAGGUGGAGCAUUGUUUGUAGUGGCUACUGGAGGAUGCAAGGUGGAGGCCUACAGUCUGGAGCAGGAGGGCUGCCCUCUCAUCUGUCGCUUUGCCACCAUGGGCACUGUGAGGAGCAUCCAGCACAGCAAGAUAGGAGAUUACCUGGUGACCACUGAGGAGAAGAACGGUGCCGCAUACCUGCGAGCAUACACCAACUGGCGCCAUCAGGUGCAGGAGAAUGCCCGUGUUGGGGUGCGUUUGUUAGGCCACCUGCUGGGUGGAGCAUCUGUGCGGGGUGGAGUACAGAUGGAGAUCAUUGAGAUCCCUCUGUCAGAGCGUCCGGUUGCUGUGGCAUGUUGCCCAGUGACUGGAGACCUUCUGGUCGGCUGUGAGAGAGCUCUGGUUCUGUUUGCAUUAAGGAGACAGGACCAACAGAACCUGAAACAGAUAAAUCAGAGUCAGCAGGACCUCGGCAGCCCCUGCCCAAACACUCAGCAAAGCUCCAGUCAGAGCCAAGGUCAAACCUCAAGUUCAAACCAAAAUGUGUCCUUCCUGGAUUUUGAACGUUCCGUCAUCCUACAUUUGUCAAAAUUUAUGCCCAAACGGGUGGCGCUGUGUGCAGGUUAUGUGGCAGUGCAGGCAGAGCUGGAGGUGCUGGUGCUAAAACUGGAUGCUUCCUCUGAACAUGAAACCAUGGAAGAAUCACCAGACACAUAUAAAAGUGCAGAUUAUGUUGAAGACCAGACUGACUUUCUGCUCAUUCAAAGACAUCAGGAGUUGCUUGGUGAUCGAGCUAAAGACUGUGACGUCCCUGUCAGCAUUGAAAAAACUUUGCUGGAGGACCAAAGACAAUACACAGUAUCAUAUGUCCUUUUCAGGCGUUUUACUCCAGAGUUCUUCCAGGGCUGCAGCGUGGAGGAGACUCAGCUCCAUUCCUUACAGCUCUACCCACUGUUCACAAGUACCCAGUCGGUGUCUCUGGAAAAACCAGCCUGUGUGUUCUGCUUCUUCUCCCUCCCCACCGCCGGCUACUUGUACAGUUUGAAGGGUGGAGUCGAGCUGCUCUCAGCCUAUCAGUAUCCAGAGAAGGUCCUGGAGGCGGUGCUAACAGACCACCUGUUGCAUGUCAUAACCAGGAGUGCGUUGCAGUGUUACACAGUGCGCUGUGCAGCAGUAGCAGCCAGGAUUGAAGACCCCUACAUUGACACAACCAUGAAGGCCUGUCCACCAUGCAGCCUUGAGGUGUGUGCGCUCAGGAUGCAGCUGUUUAUCGGUUUGCAGUCAGUGUGUGUGUAUGGCCGCCAUGUUGUCUUGCUCUCCUCAGCUGACACAGAGACACCUGAGGAGACUGAACGCAGCACACAGCGCCGGGGCCUGAGCAGGAAGUGGACAGUCUCUUCUGUCAAAGAAACCAGUGCAGCAGGACAUGGCUGGAAUCUGUAUGUGGUCGACACCGUCUCUCCCCUCACUCUCUACCAAGAGAUGGUUGAAUACAGCCAGCGGUAUGUAGAGACCGACCCACAGAACCGAAGCCUUCGACACCUCCUCGGUGAAGCUCACCUCCUCCUUCGCGCCUCUUUACUCCAAACAUCAGGGCAGCUUCAGAACAGUGAGGGUGACCCCACAGAGCCUCUGCAGACAAAAGCAGACAGACAGACAGACAGACAAGAACUGGAGGAGGCAUUCAGGCAGAACUGUGCACAGCUGGGAGACUCUUUCAGCAGGGGCAGGCAGAAAGAAUGCCACCUGGCUUUGCCAUACUACAGGAUGUCUGGUCUGUCAGUGACAGAGGUCAUGUCCAGGAACCGCCCGCUUCCCAGCAGCCCUCACUCCUACGGACCCGGCUUUCUGUUUUACCUAAAACAUUACCUGUUAGAAGAAACAGAACAGAUCCUGAGUCAGGAAUCAGCUGAUGAGGUCAUUGACAUUUUCAGCCAAUCAGAGCCCUCAGAGCUCAUCAGCGUGUGCGCCAGUCCCUGUAUGAUAAACGUCAGUCCUGCCCGGACGCUGCAAGUUUUACAACAACUGGAAGAGACAGCUGGUGUUUCGGUUCCACUGACAAUCACCAUGGCAGCCAUGACGCUGCAUAUGGACGACCUGCCACAGUACACGCAGCUGAUGGAGAGACACUCUGAGAUGCUGCUGGUGUAUGGGUUCAUAAAGGAACCGAGACUGCUGCUUCAUGGUGGAGGUGGAGGCCAGUACACAUGCAUCCGUCCUACAUCGUUGAGUCGACAGCUGACAAAGACUCAGCCAGGACUGCUGGUGGCUGCUAUGGUGGCUCUGCAUGAAAACAACAAAGUUCAGCUUGAGCAGGCUGAUGUCAUAUUCAAGGGGCUGGGCUGUGAGAACUGCUUACAGGUGGAUUUCUGGGAAGCAAUGGUCAUGGCCUCUUCACAGGAAGCUGUCAUCCAGGAGCUUCUGUUCCGAUUAGCAUCGGUUUACAUUGACCGACUGAUGAACUCAAACUCAGAUACACACCCUCCACACACACCUUCAAAGUGCAGGUCACUGAAGAGCGCUGACGACCUGAUCAACUCGUGCUCCCAUUAUGGUGCUCUGUACCCAUGGCUCAGUGUUCUCAGUACAGCACACACUAGCAGCUCCCAACAGCAGGAGGCAUUACACAAACUGCAGGCUCUCCUGUGUGGUCCCUCUCUGUCUGUGGGCUCUGUCAUGCCCCUGCUGGAGCGUCUGUCAGAGGAAACCUUGUGGGGCUUCAGCCUGCACCUCCUCUGUGCUACCAGAAGGGGGCAGUACCACAGCAGCAUAGAAAAGCUGCUGGACAGAUGUCCUCAGGCCAUCAUAGCCUACGCCAACCACCAGUUACAAGACAAAAAUAUGGCGUUAUGGUGGCAGAAGCUACUCCCAGAGCUUUGUGACCGGCUGAGAGCUGCCUUUGAUAACGCCAUCCUAUUGGCUGCACUUACAGAGACUCUGGUCGUGGUUUCCAUGGAGACCAGCCCUGCAGAGUUCUUGGAGCUAAUACCUGAUGAUGGCAUGGCCUCGUACUUUCUGCCUCACCUGCUGACAUGUAGCAACAGACACCUGCAGGCCUGAGACACACACAUAUACAUUUACAUGAAUUCACAGUUCUCAUGUGACGUCACAUCCCUGUAGGACCACCCGCCUGGAGGGCAACACAAUCACAUAAAAUCCUUCCCGCAGGGUUGUGCCAGGUUGUGGCUGUGUCUAUUUGUGUUUUAGAAGGCAGCCGUCCUGAAACAGUCUGAAAACUGCGUUUUAUUUCUCUGUUUCACUGCUCUGUUUUCCUAGCACCACUCCUCAUCAUUCACUAGCUUGCUCAACUACCGUUGACCUCUCUCUCUCUCUCUCUCUCUCUCUCUCUCUCUCUCUCUCUCUCUCUCUCUCUCUCGGUGGAGUAGAUUUAUUACACAGGCAGUGAAAUUUGGGCACAAAGAUUAUAAACAUUUCUAUGAACCAAUAGAAUCACUAGGAAGUUAACAGACCCGUGCUGCAUUUCUGUCGAGUGUUUGGUGUUAGUCGCCAUGUGGGAAGGGUUUUUUCCUUCCAGGGCUUUGUGGCAGUCACAUAACUGCAAACUGUGGAUAGGCAAAGACAAACAAAUCAGUUUCACACAUCCAGACCAAUGCUCAGACCAGAUGUAGGCUAAUGUUGGUCACUGUACUGUUGCACAAGAGCAGGUUCAGUGUUUUGUUCACGGGACCUUCAGUUGUGGUUGUUGAGGAUGUUUCACUCUGGCCACAACAAACACCUCACUGUAGCUCUCUAACUUCUAUGCUAUGACUAGCGCUUUGUCCGCAGACAAUCCUGUACAGGUUUUACAUGUUUAUGAAGCACUUUAUGAACUUAUUGUGAGAAUUAAACAAAUAUAAU